AUGCUUCAGUGCUUGGUGGGAAUGACUGAGAUGCAGAGAAAUUCAACAGAGCGGUGGGUUACUCAAAUGGUCAGGAAAUCUCAGAAGGAAGCUCUCGGGACUGUUACGGGACAAGGCAGUACUGAUGAUGUAGGCCCUGGUGACGAUACCACUUGCUCUGCUGGUGAAAAUAGGUACCCUGAUUGGCCUGGAACUACAGUCUUCAGGAUGCUAAUUUCUGCUACAAAGCUCGGUCCGAUAAUUGGUUACAAAGGAGAGAGGGUUAGAAGACUGUGCGAGGAAACAAAAGCAUGUAUCCGUAUAAUAGGUGGUCAUCUUGCGGGGGCAGAAAGAGCUGUUAUCAUUUUCGCAAAGGAGCAACCAGAUGAAUUAAUACCUCCAGCCAUGGAUGCACUAUUGAGAGUAUAUCAGCACAUAAUUUAUGAUGAUGGCUUAAACAUGGGGUCUGAUAGUACAGUUGUGGCACGGAUCCUUAUACCAAGUGAACAGGCAGUGAGCCUUAUCGGGGAGCAAGGUUUGAUGAUAUAUUCUAUCGAGGAAGCUUCCAAAACUAACAUUUAUGUCCUUGAUUGUGACUUGCCGCCUGUUGCACUUGAAAAAGAUAGGAUUGUUGAAAUAUGGGGACAACCUGCACGCGUGCGGAAGGCUUUGGAACUUGUUGCUUCUCAUUUGAGGAAGUACCUGGUUGAUCGAAGUGUUAUCCCAUUGUUUGACCCUCAUGUGCCUUUGUCGAUGUUACAUGUGGAAAUGCCCCAAUGUCAUUACAGUGACCAUCCUGAGGGAAUGCCCCCGCUUUACUACAGUGACCACCCCGAAGGCUGUCUGGAAGCAGUUAGUCCACUCUGCCAUUCCGACGAUCAUCAGCGUGAACCCCAAUGGACUGAAACUUACUACAUGAGAUGCAGGAAUCCUGUCGAAGCUCCUACCUCUUUUGGAAGAUAUCGAUCAGUUACACCUCCACACCAUGGUAUAAGUGUGUAUGGACAAGAAACAUCUUCACCACCCAAGGGAACAUACCUAUCAGCUCCUAUUGAAUUAGGUUCACACCACAACCUGACAGCAUAUGAAUUACGAGCAACUUCACCAAUCGGUGCAUCAGCUACUGUUGAAAGAAUACGCUCCCUUAUAUCCGUGCAUGGUCACCAAGCACAUUCACUGAGGAAGACAUGUCAAUCGGCUACAAUGGGAAAACGUUCACACCCGGGAAUAUCAUUAUAUGGAGGUGAAUCUCAUACCAGCAGGGUAUCUCCAUCCGCAGCUGCUGAUCUACCGACACCUCGUGGUAUGUCUGAAUAUGAACUGCAAGCAUCUCAAUCAUUGAGGAUGCAUCCACCAGCCACUGUGGAAAACCUUCUGCACUGUCGUGUGUCUGCGUGUGGCCCAGAAGCACCUUCACAUGUGCUUGUGCGUCCAUUAACUAGUAAAUCACCAGCAAUCACUGCACAGGUUACUGAAAAGAUGCAAGUUCCAAUUAUCUAUGCUGAAGCCGUGAUUGGCCCGACUGGUGCAAGAAUUGAUUACAUUCGCCGCGCUAGCAGAUCGAGCAUCUUGAUAAACGAUUUGGAGGAGGAUGCAAUGUCUAUUGAAAUCAAUGGAAGUUCUGCAACAGAUGUUCAGACUGCAGAACAACUGAUAAAGAACUUCAUGGCCGAAGCUGCCGCUGCUUCCCCUGGUCAUAAGUUUGACUCCAUUCCAUCAUAUUUGCCUGCACCAAGAUCUCCUCAACCUGAUAUUCUAAGGACUUCAUACAUUGAGAAAGAAAGUGGUGUGGCAGAGCAGCGGCUGCAAACGAUUUACUGA